AGGCGCGCGUCAGCGUGAGCGCGCAUAGUGAAUUUCACCCUACAGCAAAACAUCACAACAUUAACAACAUGGCUUUAGAUAUUGGCACCUGGGAUCUGGCAUGUCAGUUCAAUAACACUGACCACCACACAGAGCUGAACGGCACCGAUCGACUGAUCGUGAGGAGAGGACAGCCCUUCACCAUUAAUCUGUAUCUCAACUCUGGUUCUUACCUGCCGGGAGUCAGUCAACUUCAAAUCAUAGCAGAGACCGGCCCUCAGCCUGCAAUGCAAUACGGCACCAGGGCCGUGUUUAGCCUCAGCGAUGAGAUCGACAGCACGUGUUGGAGUGCUGCAGUGACCAGUCCACCUGGGGACACCAUUUGCCUUUCUGUCUGCCCUGCCCCUGAUGCUCCCAUUGGCCGAUAUGUCCUAACUUUAGAUGGCUGUGUCCAGUUUGAUUUCAUACUGCUGUUCAACCCGUGGUGUCCAAGAGAUGUGGUGUACAUGGACAGCGAAGAUAAACUGGUGGAGUAUGUUUUGGCUCAGGAUGGGAUCAUCUUCAGGGGCGAUGCUGAUUAUCCCGUCCCGUUGGCCUGGGAUUUUGGACAGUUUGAGGAAGGCAUCCUGGAUGCUUGUUUGAGAAUCCUGGACAUGAACCCUAAACACCAGAGAAACCCGGGGAAAGACUGCUCUGGACGUAGAAAUGUCAUUUAUGUCACUCGAGUUCUCAGUGCGAUGAUAAACAGUAAUGACAGAGAUUCUGGCGUACUGGAGGGCUGCUGGAAAGAGUCAUUUGAAGGUGGAAUGAGCCCCAUGUCCUGGAGGGGGAGCGUUGAGAUUCUGAGGACGUGGAACAGCACUUCCUGUUUGCCCGUGCGCUACGGCCAGUGCUGGGUGUUUGCAGCUGUUGCCUGCACGGUGUCUCGAGCUCUUGGGAUUCCAUGCCGGGUGGUAACAAACUACUUUUCAGCCCACGAUACAAACAGCAACCUUGUGAUCGAACGUUACAUCAAUGAAAGAGGUGAAACAGAGAGUGUCAGCAGAGAUAUGAUAUGGAACUAUCACUGCUGGGUUGAGAGUUGGAUGACCCGACCUGACCUCUCAUCUGGUUUUGAUGGGUGGCAGGCGAGUGACCCGACACCACAGGAGAAAAGUGAAGGUGUGUUCUGUUGUGGACCAGUCCCUGUACGGGCAGUAAAGGAAGGAGAGCUCACAUUAAAGUAUGACGCUGCAUUUGUUUUUGCGGAGGUGAACGCAGACCUAGCGUUCUUCCUGAAGUAUAAAGACGGCAGUACAAGAAAAAUCGUGAAUGACCAGAAGGUUGGACAGAAGAUCAGCACUAAGAGUGUGGGCUGUGAUGUGAGAGAAGAUAUCACACACCUGUACAAAUAUCCUGAAGGUUCAGCGGAGGAGCGGAAGGUUUUUGAGAAAGCCAAACACCAGAACAAGUUGAAUCAACAGCAGGCGAACGCCGGGCUAUACGUCACCAUCAAGCUCUCCUCCGGGAUCAGGAAGGGCUGCGACUUUGAUGUGUUUGCAGUUGUGACAAAUAACACAGUGGAAGAGAAGAAGUGUCGUCUUGUGUUUGCAUCCCGCGCCGUGUCUUAUAAUGGAGUCACUGGACGAGAGUGCGGCUUUAAAGAUCUGCUCAAUGUGGAACUAUUGCCAGGAGCAGAAAGGAAGGUUCCUCUGAGGCUGAACUACAGUAAAUACUGUAAUAAUCUAAUGGAGGAUAAUCUAAUUCGUCUAGGCGCUCUGCUCAUUGACUACAGCACCAGAGAAGCUGUCAUGGCCAUGAGAGACAUUGUAGUGGACAACCCAGAUAUCAAAAUCAGGAUUCUUGGAGAACCCAAGGAGAACCGUAAGCUGGCAGCAGAACUUACGCUGCAGAACCCACUGCCAGAACCUUUACAAGGCUGCUGUUUCACUAUAGAGGGUGCAAACCUCACGGGCGGCUACAGCAUCACUGAGAAACUCGAGUCGAGCAUUGAACCCGGACAAGAGGCUAAAGUCAAAAUCUACUUCACUCCAACUCAGUGCGGCCUGCGCAAACUCGUAGUGGAUUUUGACAGUGACAAGCUGGGCCAUGUAAGAGGAUACAGGAAUGUUAUCAUUGGAAAAUAAGACCUUUCAACCUUUAAUGUGGUAGAGAAUGGAAAGUGGAAUCAUCUGUUUUUCUGUGUGCCACUUGUGAUUAUUGAGAGAGUAUUACUAUGUCUUUUAUAUACAGUAUAUUUCUAAGAAUGUGAAAAACAUUAAUUUCACACUACAAACUGGCUUCUAUAGCAUUUCAAACUGUCCACAGUAUGCCAUUUCUGAAAAUAGUAAAGUGUGGUACUCAGUAUGCAUGGAUAUAUGGGUCAUUGACAAAUAAGGUCAUCCGGGGUAAAAAUAUGUUUUAAAAAUCAAAGAAAUGUAAUAUUUGUGUCCAUGUUUGUUUAAUUAAAAAAAAAAAAAAAACCUUUAUAACAUUUGUUACAAUAUAUAUAUAUAUAUAUAUAUAAUUACUUUAAUAAUGUCAAACGUAUCUAUGAAUUAUGCAUUAAUAAGUAAAAAUGCAUUAAAAUAGUUGCACCUUGUGCCUCAAUACAUGAGAGUUUACACAACUUAAUCAUUAAACAAAAACACUUUCAGACAUAUUUUCCAAGGUAAAAAUAAAUAAAUAUAUGUUUUGCAAAUAUUUUGAAUUUUUGAGUCAUGAAUAUGGAGACGUUUUCUCAGGGUUACACCAAAUGACCCGAGUAAAAUAUUUUCCUUUCAUAAAAUUGCCAAAUAAUUAAAAGUCGAAAGGGUUUUUCACAUGAUAUCAGAUGUGUAUUCAAGUAAUUAUCUUGAGUGCCAUUUUUAGUGUAUUUUUCAACAACUUAAUAGAUCCAGACAAAAAAAUGGCAUCACAUCAUUGACCCAUUCACAAAAAAAAAAGAAAAAAAAAAUGUAUGCAUUUUAAUUUCAUAACAAAUUGAACUGUGUAAACUUUUAGAGUUUAAAAUCAUAAACUUUUGUUAAAGAUUACACAAUUCAGUUUGAUGGCUAAAUAUUUUUGUGUUUAUGUCAAAUCUUUUCAUUUGUACCUUAAACAUGCCACAUCCCUGGAUGUUUGAAAGCUUAAAUGUUGGUAUUGCAUAUUAAGAAGUAUUACCCUGCAAUUAAAAAGAAAAUUAUGAAUGAAUGAAAGAAAUUGAAAAUCAGUGUGACUUUCAUUGACUGUGAACAUAUGUCUUGUGUUUUGUCUUAUGUAUCAUUGUAUUCCGAGAUUACUUUUUAUUAAAAGGAAUAUUUACACAUCA